AUGGUUGACCUGGGGUUCUAUGGCUCAAAGUAUACUUGGUGCAAUAACAGAAGACCAGGUAAACAAAUAUGGAAAAGACUGGAAAGACUCUUUAUUAAUGCUGACUGGAACCAGCCAUUUCAGAAUAAUAAUAUCGAACAUCUUGCUAGAACGGCUUCAGAUCACAGACCUUUGAGGUUGUACAACAAAGUUGGAAUGAAACCAUUGAUGGCAACCCCAAUGUGGAUCUUACAGACUAAGUUAAAGAGACUUGGAAGGAAAUUGAGCCAAUGGUCUAGAAGUUCACUAGGGGACAUACAUGAUCAAGUCAUAAAACGGGAAGCAAAAAUCCAAAUGCUGGAAGAUAUUGAUCUAAUGUAUAGCAAUGAUCAAGGCAGGGAAGAACUCAACAAAGCUCCCAGUGAAUAUACUAGAUGGGGCAAAUGGGUACACAACAGCGAUAAAAUUGCUAAAGUGGCAGUAAGGCACUUUAAGAAGUUGUUCAACCUGCACAAUCCAAAUUCCUAUGGCAACACUCUGGACUACAUCAAUUCUUGCAUUACUGAUGAUGACAAUGAAGGGCUUAUUAAGUUACCAGAGGAAGAUGAGAUCAGAAAUGCAGUAUUUGACAUGUCACCUGCAAUCUGCAGAGCACCUGAUGGAUUCAAUGGCAGACUUAUUACUGAAAAUAUAUUAUCAGCACAAGAAAUUGCUCAGGAUAUUACUAAGUACAACAAAGGUGGUAAUAUAAUUAUUAAGCUAGAUAUGUCUUAUGAUAGGAUGUCUUGGUCCUUCCUUCAUGCUGUUUUGCUUAAAUUUGGUUUUGCCUACUACUUGGGUAGAUUGGAUAAUGAGAUUGAUCAAUGA